CCUCCCUACAAGAUACCAAUAAUUUCAAUCUCACUGUUAGCCGUUAUUUGCAAUCGCACAAUACGGUACGACCGAGAUGGAGGUGUUAGUGCCAUCGCAGGGCUCGUUGAGCAAUCUUUCAAGCUGCUAGAGCGCGUCCAACUGGCGCUAGACCACAACAAAGAGUACGCCAUGCACCUCACGACUGUUGCACGCGAUAUCGAGAGCACAAAGUCUGUUGUGCGGCAAGUUGAAGGCAAUGCAAUGCUCCAGAGUGACUCCAUCGGACCACCAAUGAGGGAGAUUCAUGGCCUUGCGAAUAAACUCAAUGAACUUAUCGUGAAGCAAGAGGCCAACACCAAAAAGGGACAGGGGUUUCGUCUUUUCGCCCAUAGUUUCGCGAAAGGGCCAAAGGAACAGAAACAACUUGAGCAGCUUAAAAACGACCUCGUGCAACACAAGAAUACGCUCGUGUUGUGCAUUGUAGCUAAUCUUGCCCCUUCUGGAGUAACACUGGACAUAAAAGGCGUCAAAAUGGAUGGGGUGGCUGUCCUUCAGAAUGGUCGCGUUAUUCAAACACCAGAAGACAAGGACUUCGACAGAAUUACAAUAAGCAACGUCUCAAUGGGUGGCGCUUCUUUCAUGAACAACUCUGCAGUGAACCAAGAGCAGCAAAGCAGGCUUCUUGAGGAGGCAGAUAAGAGAGCGAAGAGGGAAGGUCUUUUGCAAUUAAUUGCAGGACCGGGUGUUCCAGACGAGUUAAAGCCACAAAUCUUUCAAUUUGUUCGCACAAUGUAUUGAGACUGGCCAUAAUCUCCGGCGUUGGCAGUGGAAAUAGGAGAAAUGGAUGGUAAAUCAGAUAUCAAAUUCUUAAGUUUUAGCUAUCAUAAGUGAAC